AAUAACACCUACUGAUAAUAAAAAAAGUCAUCUGGUCUGGGAACACUGUUCGUAUAAUGUCGGCUGGGCUGUGCUUCACACUUUUCGCCUGGUCCUGGUUAAUAUUUUUGUUGAAGUGUGAAUAACAGUGAACUUUUUAUAAAUUACUCCCCUUUGUAAGGGAUUCCUUGUAUUCAUACUCUGGGCCUACUACCUGAUUGUGACAAAUUCCAAAUCGAGGGUGAAGAUCAAGGAUUAUGGCUUCUUCUACUUCCAUUGAUGGGGAUGGGGAUACCUUUGGCAGUCUGAUUUUUAUGAGGAAAAAAGAUGGAUACCCAGUUCCAUUCGACCUAAGACCUGGGCAGGUUACAUUUGGCGGAGGAGAUAAUGCAGAUAUCCGAUUAAAAAUUGCGGAUGAACGGUUGCGGGACAUGCAUUGUUUUAUUUAUAUAGAUGAAAAUGGAGUGGCCACAGUAGUCAACAAAGCUGGUGAUGAUACGGUUAAAGUAAAUGACGGGCCAGUGAAAAAGAUGCAUGUGUUAGAUCAUCAAGAUGCGAUAGAUGUUUUUGGAAAGAUAUUCCUAUAUGAAAAUGAGAAUUUACGGUGUGAUGAAGUACAAACAGGAAAUGCUGUACCCGGUAGUAUAUCUUCCAGACAUACUAUACAUGUGUUGGCACAGAAAACGAGCCCUACAAAGAGUCCUACUUUGAACCCAAGACAAGUCUACGCACCAGUCGUGGAAGAUGCGUCUCCCGCGACACCCCCGAAUUCGAAGGGUGAUGACGCGAUCAAAACGCCUCUCAAUACUCCUGGCCUAUUCGAAGAUCUUAGGAAGAGCGUUCUACAGUCUAGAACGAGGAGAUCCGGCAAGAAAGAAGAGCCUGCUGUUGAAGAAAGCGAGCAGAAUAUCAACAAUAAAAGGGGCAGGAAUUCUAGCAUAGCUUCUCAAAGCUCUGUGAAGAAAAGGAGGACGAUAACGUACUCAGUUGAAGACGCUUCUGAGGUUGAGAUGGUAGAAGAAAGUGUCGAGUCUUUCAACAACUGA